AUGCCUGCGACCACAGCAGAAACGCUGCAGCUGGUCAACCGAACCGUUUCCGUGGCACCUCUCGUCCUCCUCUCUGCAGCAGAUCACUAUGGCCGGUCAGCAAAGGGCACGCGGAAACGUGUUGUUGGAGUUUUGCUUGGACAGAAUGAUGGAAAGAGCGUGAGAGUAUCAAACAGCUUCGCAGUGCCUUUCGAAGAAGACGAGAAGGACCCCUCGGUAUGGUUCCUGGACCACAAUUAUGUCGAGUCAAUGAACGAUAUGUUCAAGAAAGUCAACGCGCGCGAAAAGCUGAUCGGAUGGUACCACUCUGGACCCAAGCUGAGGGCGAGUGAUCUUGAGAUCAACGAGCUCUUCAAGCGAUACACCCCGAAUCCUCUUCUGGUCAUCAUAGAUGUGCAACCGAAGGAUGUCGGGGUACCGACCGAUGCAUACUUUGCUGUGGAAGAAAUCAAGGAUGAUGGAACGACCACGGCCAAGACUUUUGUGCACACACCGAGCACCAUCGAGGCAGAAGAAGCAGAAGAAAUCGGCGUCGAGCACCUUCUACGAGACAUUCGCGAUGUGGCAGUAGGCACUCUCAGCACGCGCAUAACAUCACAGCUCGAGUCAUUACAAGGUCUUCAUCUGCGGUUACAGGAUAUCGGCAAGUACCUUCAGAGAGUCCUCGACGGCGAUCUUCCCGUCAAUCAUGCCAUUCUUGGCAACCUCCAAGACGUGUUCAACCUCCUGCCCAACCUCUCGACGCCCAAGACCGCUGGAAAGGACCUGCCUUCAAUCAACGGCUUGGUAAAUGGCGCCGUUGGUGUUUCUGGCGGUUCGUCAGAGAACUCCGAGCUUGCGCGCGCCAUGUCGACCAAGACGAACGAUCAGCUCAUGUCGAUCUACCUCUCCAGCUUAAUUCGAGCCAUCACCGCCUUCCACGAUUUGAUCGAGAACAAGAUACAAAACAAGAGACAGCAAGAAGACGAGGAUGCGAAGAAAGAUGAAGACAAGAAGGAGACGGACGUGAAGAAGGAUGAUAAGCUGAUGCUGAAUGGAAAGUCUGAGAAGACCGACAAGGAGGCAACUGAGGAUGUGAAGAAGGAUGAGAAGGGUAAGAAGAAGAGCUAG